GGGGGGUAUUUUUAUUUUGGGUAUCUCAAAGUCGUGUAUUUGGCAGAAUUGUGCCAUCCAAGUUUUUUAACUAGCCGUAGUAUCAGCUGUGUCAUUAUGGCCUGCGCCAUAAUGGUCGCGCUUUUUUGAAACACUGUGUUGAUUGAUUAGAAACAUGAAAACAUUCUUCCUUUGUUAUUUUUCCAUGUUAAUAUUUUUUAUAAAAAAUCUUCAACCAUUUUUAUAACGUUUCUUGGAAUGUGAAAGAAAAAUAAUGGUUUUUAACCAUUAUAAUAUUUCAAAUUUUUUAUCGAUUUUAAAACCUUAAAAAGUUUAUUUUUUUAUUUAAAGAAAACAAUUUUAUACUUAAAAACAAUUUUAAAAAUGGAUGAAAAACAUCAACAACAAAGCCCUAUAAUUAUGGAUAAUUUGAUUAAUAAUAAUGGAGAAAAUUCAUCUUCAAAGAUUUCCAGUCCUUUACUUGAUACUGGGCAAUCUGAAGAUCCGUCGAUUUGCCCUUACUGCAAUAAAAAAUUUCGAAAGCCUCGAGUACUCGAUUGCCUUCACUCAAUGUGCGAAGACUGCAUAAUUGCUCAAUUAGACGAUGGCAGAAAUAAUCAACAAAAGAAUUCUAAAAACAUUCUAAACAGUUUUAUGGAAUUGGAAUUAGAAGAUUCUGUGGCUGGUCGACGUCCUACACCGCCAGGAGUUAUUUGUUGUUCUGUUUGUAAUCAGGAAACACAUAUUGGAAAUGACCCAAUGUUUGUAAGUUUAAUGCUUUUGGAUUUUGUCAAAAUUCGAGAAUAUGGAUUUAAUGAUGCUAAUGAUACUGGAAGAAUAUGUGAGGCUUGUAAAAGUGAAGAGAAGGCUGUUGCAAAUUGUAUACAUUGCUGUAGUGAUUUGUGCCCAAAAUGUGUUCAAGUACAUCGAGACAUGAAAAUGUUUGAUGGACAUAAGGUAGUAAUGUUUUCUGAAAAAGAUAAAAUGAGCAAUCAACAAGAAGGUUUAUUAAAAGAAGGAGGAAUGGAUACAGUUAAAUUAGCUUUGUGCAACAAACAUAAGGGAGAUUUUGAAUUAAUAUGUCCAAGUUGUGAUGAACUUUUGUGUAAACAAUGUGCUUUUGAACAUGUUGAACAUAAUGUUUCUCCACUUAAUGAUUUGGUUUUUAAGUGGUAUAAACAAAGUAUUCAUGAUUUGGCUAAACAGGCUGAGAAUAAGGGCAGAACGACUUUAGACGCUCGCUCAGCAAUUCCGGAUCGUAAAUUUUUACUUCAGCAAUCGUAUCACAAAUGCCGUGACAAAAUUGAGGAUGCCUUUCAAUUCUAUGCGCGUGUGAUUGAUGAAGUUAAAUUGGAUUUGUUGGCUUCUUUGGACAAAAAUCGAGAUGAGAAGGAAGAACAUCUGGACUCGUUAUAUCAAAAGAUUGAUAUGCAGACAUCUCGAUUGCAGGAUGCUUUGAGUUAUACCAAUAAUCUCCUUGAUAAGGGUACAAUUGUCGAUUUAUGCUUAAAUCGUAAAAAGAUUUGGCAACAACUUAAAUUGUUAAUGCAUUCAAUGCCUGAUGUUAAUGAAGAAGUUGAUUUGGAUUUUGAUAUUCUUUCACAACAUGAAUUUAAAAAGAAGUUUGAAUCUGUCAUUGGUGGAAUUAAAUGCCGUAUUACUGGUCCACCAAAAGAACCAGCAGUAAUAAUGAAUGCUCUUUUGGGUAAUAGUCCAUCAAAUAAAUUGGAUACUUUUGACGAUUUUGACAAUAAACUUAAACAACAGCAACAAUUAAUUCUUUCUUCAGCAAUUAAUAAUUGUCAAAGUUUAGCAAAUAAUUCUUCAAUUGAUUGGACAGAUUCUUCAAAUCUUUUUGCUCAACAUUCAAAUACUUCAUCAAUAAUUCCAGCAACAAUUCCACCAACAACAAAUUCAGGUCCUGGAACUAUUGGGAUGGAAAGACGUCAAAAUCGAAAUUCUAAUGGAAACAGUUAUUUAAGUGGAGAUUCUGGUAUUUAUUCUUCUGCAUCUGAUAUGACUAUUUCAUCACCUAUUCAACAACAUCAAUUGGGUGGUACUCCGGAAACUUUUAAUAUGGGACGUUUUGGAAUUCCUGAAUCGUUUGGAUCAGCAUUUCGUGCUCCUGCAACAACUUUGGAUUCAGGCCAGCAACUUGAUCCUGGAAAUUUAAUUUUUUCUGAUAAUUAUUUUGGAAAUACUCAAUCAAAGAUUUGGAGCGCUAAUUAUUCUACAACUCAAAAUAUGUUUGGAAAUUUUGAUGCAAGUCGUCCACGCGAAUUGAUGGAUUCUCGUUUUGGUUUAAACGAUUUUCCUCCAUUGGGCUCUGAUCCGUCUGGAUUUCGUUCACGUUCUUCUCUUUGUACAACUCCUUCAAUUGAUACUUUUGUGCCACCUAUGUCGAUUCAUCAGAAUUAUCAACCAAUAAUUGCUGCUGGUCGUCAUUAUGGGAGUAAUAGUCAACAGCAGAUUGAGAUGCAAAUUUUGUACACUUUUUGCUCUAAUACAUUGAGCACUCAAGAUACUUUUAAUACUCCUCAAGGACUUGCAUUAGGUUUGGAUAAUGAAGUUGCUAUUUCUGACACUAAUAAUCAUCGUUGUGUUAUUGUUGACGUUAAAGGAAAUUUUUUGCGUUUUAUUGGAAGUUCAGGAACUGAAGAAGGACAUGUUUAUUAUCCGAAAAAGGUCGUCUCUUUGAUCCGUAAUCGUGAUUGUCGUUACAUCGUUCUCGAUCGCGGCACUAAUCAACAAUUCAAUCGUCUACAAUUAUUCAAAAACAGCGGUGAAUAUGUUUGUCGUCUUUCUUUACCAUGUCAAAUUGACCAAGUUUCUGUUAUGACUGUAAACAAAGAAAAUGAACAAUUAAUUAUUGUUGACAACAAAAAUCUUGUUCAUGCAUUUGAAUUCGAAACAUUUAAUCAAUUGACUUUGGUACGACAAUUCAGUAUUUCUGGUAAUGUUCAUGAACCUUCAGAUCUUGGUGUUUAUAAAGGAUAUUAUUACAUCACUGACUAUAAAAUGCAUGGAGUUGUAGUUUAUACACUUGAAGGUAAACUUCAUCGUAAAUUUGGCGGACUUGAUACAACACCAUAUCCUGUUGGAAUUGACUUUUCAAAGUCUGGAGAUGUUCUUGUAGGUGAUUCACAUGGUAAUCAUUUCCAUAUUGUUGUUUUUAAUCUUCAAGGACAACCUCUUCAUCAUUAUAGAUGCUACCAACAGAAGGUUUCUCGUUGUACUGGCCUUAAAAUCAAUUCUGAAGGACAUAUCGUUACAAUGUCUCGACAAAAUAGUGCCGUUAUUGUGUUUAAUACACUUUACAUUCCAAGCGCCUAA